CAUGGCAGCCCGCUGACGGCCCCGCAGCGCUGCCUGGCGCAGGGACGGCGCUGGCACGGCCACGGGAGGCGGGCACACGGCGAGGGGAAGGAUGCUCUCCCCACAGAGCAGAUCCUGCACGGCUCCGUGCACACCCAGAGAGAGCUGAAGGCCUGCAGAGUGCUGCAAGCUGAAAGGAUGGACGCGGUGUGAAGCUUCGCCUUGUGCUGCUCCAACACGGCUGCGAUGAGACAUGGCCACGCGGCCCCAACCGGCGCCCGGCCGAGGGCUCAGCUCACCACCCUGCCAUCUCCCCGCCCUGCCAGCUGGCUCCUGGGGCAGUUCGGGUGCUCGCCCUGCCGUGCCGGAGUGCCCACAGAUGGCCCAGUGAUCUGAGUGCAGCGUGUGCCAUGCCCGGGGCUCACCCCGUUUGCCCACCUCCGACACGGAGACAGCGGGGAGCCCAGCGCCAGGGGUGUCUCAGCCUGGGGGGGCUGCCCUGGUGCCCCACACGAGCCUCGUGGCAAGGAGGAGGAUGGAGCCGGAUGGUGUGAUGGGAUCCCAGGAAGGCUGAGGCUCAACGCCUGCAAGGCGCGGAGGGGCACGCUGAUUUGGAGGUCCUUGCCCACCUCAACAGCUUGCUCUGAGCACUUUGAGCAGGUGGAGGGCUUCCCGCUCUGCCGAUCAUGGUCAACAAGACCUUAACGUACUGGGGUGCCGCCUUCGAGGAGGACCUUAUCAACAUCAACGUGGGAGGGCUGCGGCGGCGGCUGAGCCCCAGCGCUCUCUCCAAGUUCCCUGACACGCGCCUGGGCCGCCUGCUGUCCUGUGACUCGGAGGAGUCCAUCCUGCAGCUCUGCGAUGACUACGAUGUGAGCGCGCGGGAGUUCUACUUUGAUCGCAACCCCGGCUUCUUCCUCUACGUGCUGCACUUCUACCAGACGGGCAAGCUGCACGUGAUGGACGAGCUGUGCGUCUUCUCCUUCUGCCAGGAGAUCGAGUACUGGGGCAUCAACGAGUUCUUCCUGGACUCGUGCUGCAGCUACCGCUACCACGAGCGCAAGCUGGAGGGCCGGCACCACACCUGGGAUGAGGAGAGCGAGGUGAGCAGCGUGGACACGUCGCCCGAUGAGAUCUCAGACAUCAACCACGAGCUGCUGCGCUACAGCACGCUGCGCUGCGGCACGGCGCGCAAGCGGCUCUGGCUCACCAUGGAGAACCCCGGCUACUCCAUCCCCAGCAAGCUGUUCAGUUUUGUGUCCAUCAGCGUGGUGCUGGUGUCCAUCGCCACCAUGUGCAUCCACAGCAUGCCUGAGUACCAGCGGGUGGACGAGAGCGGCGCCGUGCUCGACGAGCCCGUCCUGCACAAACUGGAGUACUUCUGCAUCUCCUGGUUCACCUUCGAGGUGUCCUCCCGCCUCCUGCUCUCCCCCAACCCCAAGAAGUUCUUCAAGCACCCGCUCAACCUCAUUGACAUCGUCUCGGUGCUGCCCUUCUACUUCACGCUGCUGGUGGACGUGACGGCGGGCAGCGACUCGGAGCUGGGCAACCUGGGCAAGGUGGUGCAGGUCUUCCGGCUGAUGCGCAUCUUCCGCGUGCUGAAGCUGGCGCGGCACUCCACCGGGCUGCGGUCGCUGGGAGCCACUCUGAAGCACAGCUACCGGGAGGUGGGGAUUCUGCUGCUCUACCUGGCUGUGGGGGUGUCUGUCUUCUCCGGCAUAGCCUACACCGCAGAGAAGGAGGAGGAUGUUGGCUUUGACACCAUCCCGGCAUGCUGGUGGUGGGGCACAGUCAGCAUGACCACGGUGGGGUAUGGUGACGUGGUGCCCGUCACUGUGGCGGGGAAGCUGGCCGCCUCAGGCUGCAUCCUGGGCGGCAUCCUGGUUGUGGCACUGCCCAUCACCAUCAUCUUCAACAAGUUCUCCCACUUCUACCGCAAGCAAAAGGCACUGGAGGCCGCCGUGAGGAACAGUGAGAAGAAGCAGCCCGAGGAGGUGGAGAGUGAGCAGGACUCAGAGGUGCUGAGCGAGAGCUCCCUGGGGAGGGGCAGCCCCGACCGCCGCAGCCUCACACCCGGUGCCCUCCCUGCUCCCUGAGUCCUGUGCAAAGGACAGGGGGUCCGGGUCGGUGCAGAAUGAGCCCAGGAGGAACGGUGGUGCCUGGUUGUGGGACCCACUCUGCAGCAGGACUGGCUGGCCAUGGCCCUCCUCGCAUUGCAGGUGUCCCCAUCCCUGUCCAUGGGGCUCCCACAUUCCCUCCAGAGGAGCGGCUGCUGCAGAUGCUGGCACCCAGAGCCCACGCAGCACAGAGCCUGCCGAGGGCUGCCGGGGCAUGGGGAACACUGCUGGACACAGAGCAGCUGCCUCUGCUGUGUCCGUGUGCCCCUGACUCCUGGUGCAAGAGGAGAUGGGGCUGCAGCCCUUCUGCAGGAGGGAGCAGCCUUGCCGUGACCCCCUGCACAUUCCUGCAGAGGGAACCUUGCACUGCUCCUCACCAGCUCCUGCCUGACCCCUCACAGCCAGGCAUUGGGGCACCCCCAUCCCAUCUGGCUCCCCACCUGGCUGCGCACACCUCAGCACAGCAUCAAUUCCCUCAGCAACGUGCACCCUGCAGCCACCCGACCAGCCCAGAGCCACGCAGAUGGCUUUCAGGGCACGGCGGUGGGUGGGAAUGGCUCUGCCACAGGGACUGCUGACCUCGGGGAAGAGAAGAUGGAGUUGGUGCAGACACAGCCCCUCUGCAUGGGUGGGAGCAGGGUGUUGGUGCUCACGUCCGUGUCUUCCAGCAUUAUCUGCCCCGGUCCGGCUCCCACUCCACUGUUACUUGAACAAAGGAAGGAAUUUCCCCUUCUCUCCAUAAAUAUUCCAGUAGCAAAAUGUACUAAAAUAGGAAGACUGAAUGACAUGUAAUAACGAAAAAAGCAUUAUGCAAAUCAUUAAAAGAGCAUGUAAUUUAAUUUUCUAUCUAUG